AUGCUUUCUAGGGUUGCAAGUUUAUCACUCAAUUACUCAUUACAAUCAGCUUUAAGACUCACAGCUAUAAGAGCCAUGAGUACUGUUAUUCCCAAAGUCCAAUAUGGAUUUAAAUUGGACAAUAAACUUAAGAAACUAGUUCUUCAUGAAGAUUUGCCGGUGCCAACACCUGGUCCCACAGAUGUUCUAGUUAAAUUAACUCACGUUUCAUUAUGCCAUUCCGAUUUGCAUGUUCUUUAUGAUAAUUUGGAGAUUGGUGAUGACUUCGUUAUGGGUCAUGAGAUAUCUGGUGAAGUCGCAGCCAUUGGUGACAAAGUAACUCAUUUGGAUGUAGGACAAAAAGUGGUAGCUUCUGGUCCAGAUGGUUGCGGUUCUUGUGCUCAUUGCAGAACAGGUGCCGAUAAUGACUGUAUUGAUUCAUUAGUUCACGGUUGGUUUGGUUUAGGUAAAGAUGGUGGAUACCAACAAUAUUUACUAGUUAACAGACCUCAAAACUUGAUAAAAGUUCCAGAAGGAGUUCCCAUGGAAGUAGCAUCUCCCAUUACUGAUGCAGUCCUUACACCUUAUCAUGCUCUCAAAGCAUUGAAUUUAAAUCCGGCCUCCAAUAUAUUAUUUGUGGGUUGUGGUGGUCUAGGUUCAAGUGGCCUUCAAAUUGCUAAAGCUUUUGGAGCCACUGUCACAGUUGUCGAAAAGAAGGACAAGGCCAGAGAAUUGGCAAAAGCAUUGGGUGCUGAUUUUGUUUACGAAACAUUGCCAGAGCUGAUACCUGUGCAAUCUUUUGAUCAUUGUGUGGAUUUUGUUUCAGUUCAAAAGACAUUUGACAUUUGUCAGAAAUAUGUUCGUUCCAAGGGUACAGUAGUACCAGUUGGAUUGGGAGCAGCUGAAUUGAAAUUCAACUUGUCUGAUCUUGCACUUAGGGAAGUGAGAAUUUUGGGUACAUUCUGGGGUACAAGUCAAGAUUUGGUAGAAUGCUUAGAAUUAGUGAGGAAGGGACUCGUUAAACCACAGAUUUAUACCAUCCAACCUUUGAAGAAAUUGCCUGAAUUCGUAGAAAAGUUGAGAAACAAUGAAUAUGAAGGCAGGGCAGUUUUCACUCCAUAA